CACAUAUAUACGGCAUAUAAAAGAUUUUAAUAAAACCUUGGAACUAUCUAUAUCUAUUCAGACACACACGUCUAUAUAUAUAUAUACACUCAUAUACUACUUUCACUGUAUCAUUCUUGUUUUCUCUAAAUUUUUCAAAAAACCUUUAGAAUUUUCAUUUUUUUACGAUUCCGAUGUUAACUGUUUCUCCGGCUCCAGUACUCAUCGGAAACAACUCAAAGGAUACUUACAUGGCGGCAGAUUUCGCAGAUUUUACGACGGAAGACUUGCCGGACUUUACGACGGUCGGGGAUUUUUCCGAUGAUCUUCUUGAUGGAAUCGAUUACUACGACGAUCUUUUCAUUGGUUUCGAUGGAGACGAUGUUUUGCCGGAUUUGGAGAUAGAUUCGGAGAUUCUUGGGGAAUAUUCCGGUAGCGGAAGAGAUGAGGAACAAGAAAUGGAGGGUAACACUUCGACGGCAUCGGAGACAUCGGAGAGAGACGUUGGUGUGUGUAAGCAAGAGGGUGGUGGUGGUGGUGACGGUGGUUUUAGGGACAAAACGGUGCGUCGAGGCAAACGUAAAGGGAAGAAAAGUAAAGAUUGUUUAUCCGAUGAGAACGAUAUUAAGAAAAAACCUAAGGUGGAUUGGACGCCGGAGUUACACCGGAAAUUUGUACAAGCGGUGGAGCAAUUAGGGGUAGACAAGGCGGUGCCGUCUCGAAUCUUGGAAAUUAUGAACGUUAAAUCUCUCACUCGUCACAACGUUGCUAGCCAUCUUCAGAAAUAUAGGUCACAUCGGAAACAUCUACUAGCGCGUGAAGCAGAAGCUGCCAGCUGGAAUCUCCGGAGACAUGCCACGGUGGCAGUGCCCGGAGUAGGAGGAGGAGGGAAGAAGCCGUGGACAGCUCCUGCCUUAGGCUAUCCUCCACACGUGGCACCAAUGCAUCAUGGUCACUUCAGGCCUUUGCACGUAUGGGGUCAUCCUACGUGGCCAAAACACAAGCCUAAUACUCCGGCGUCUGCUCAUCGGACGUAUCCAAUGCCGGCCAUUGCGGCGGCUCCGGCAUCUUGGCCAGGUCAUCCACCGUACUGGCAUCAGCAACCACUCUAUCCACAGGGAUAUGGUAUGGCAUCAUCGAAUCAUUCAAGCAUCGGUGUUCCCACAAGACAAUUAGGACCCACUAAUCCUCCCAUCGACAUUCAUCCCGUGAGUGCACCUUUUUUGGUUUCAAUUUUGUUUAUUAGAUUUUGAUUAUGACAUAACCCAAAAAAGUUUUCGAAUAAAUUUUGGAUAAUUAACAAUAUUUCAUUACUUGACGGUUGCAGUCGAAUGAGAGCAUAGAUGCAGCUAUUGGGGACGUUAUAUCAAAGCCGUGGCUGCCGCUUCCUUUGGGACUGAAACCGCCGUCGGUUGACGGUGUUAUGACGGAGUUACAACGUCAAGGAGUUUCUAAUGUUCCUCCUCUUCCUUGAGAAAGAUCUCCAAAAUUUGUCGAAAUCUCAAACUUUUAACUUCAUUUUUUUGGUAUCUUCUAUGUAUUUUUGCAAGGGAAAGACGAUAAAUCCUUGUUGCUUGAUCAUAUGUAUUUCUCUAUAUGAGUGCAUGUAUCGAAGUUAAGCAACUUUAAUAUAUCGUUAUAAUCUUCGAUAGCAGAAUCUGUAAUUUUUAUUAACUUUCAACUCCCG